UCCCGCCGCCGAUCUCAUCGUCUAUAUAUAACCCUCCCCGCACCCCCCGCAAUGGCCGUUACGACACCUGGCCCUAGGGUUAGGGUUCUGCGAGCGGGGGAGGGAGCGGCGCCAUGGUGGCGGAGGAGGCGGCGUCGAAGUCGUCGUCAUCGUCGUCGUCUUCUCCGGCGAAGAAGACGAUCGUCGACCUCAGAAUCAAAGUGCUCUACGGGGACGAUCACGGAGGGGAGAGGGGUUGCUCAUGGUGGUGGUGGUCCUGGUGGAUGCGGAGGGCUCGGUUGAGGAGGCGGCUUCGCAGCGUCAUCGUGAUCCUCCUCGUCGUUUUCUCCCUCUUCUCGUUUUAUCUCGGCCACAAUGUAAUCAACAUGAUCCAGACUCCUCCUUCGGCGAACAUUUUUAUGGUACAAACAUGGAUGAAUACAACUCCUACAACUAAAGAAUACAUGGCAAAAAAUGGCACUGGGAUCCAUGUUCCUGCAUCGGUGAAAAUUAUUGCGGACCAAUAUUGUAAAGAUUUCGUACCAUCUGCUCCACCAGUUGAUAAGAAGCGCACAGGCCCACGCGCUUGUGAUGUAUGUUAUCUUCCCUUUGAGUCGGCGUUGGCCAGCAUGCCAACUUCACCAUCAGAAUCUCCUGUUCUUAAGAACUUGAAUUAUGUUGUUGAAGAUGGUCCCGUCAAACAUGAGUCCAAUGGAGGCUCUCCUUUUGGUGGUUAUCCUUCUUUGCAACAAAGAGGUGAAUAUUUCAAUAUAAAGGAGUCCAUGACAGUGCAUUGUGGAUUUGUUAAAGGAGAGACUCCCGGUCUUAAUACUGGCUUUGACAUUGAUGAAGUGGAUCGCCAUGAGAUGAGUAAAUGUGAUGGCAUAGUUGUUGUUUCAACCAUAUUUGGAGACUAUGACACAAUUAAACAACCGGAACAUGUGAAUGAAUAUUCGAAGAAAGGAGUUUGCUUCAUUAUGUUUGUGGAUGAAAAGACUGAAGCACAUAUCAGGAAAACCAAUACACUGGACAGCACAAGAAAACUUGGGUUAUGGAAAGUGGUUGUUGCUCGAAACCUGCCUUAUGAUGAUGACAGGAGGAAUGGAAAGAUACCCAAGAUGCUACCACACAGAUUGUUUCCUAAUGCACGGUGGUCUUUAUGGAUUGACGGAAAGCUUCGACUUACUAAGGAUCCUAUUCUGAUACUGGAGCGUUACUUGUGGCGGCACAAGUACAGUCAAGCGAUUUCGAAGCAUUACAGGCGGUUCGACGUCUUUGAGGAAGGGCUAGCCAAUAUGGUAGCCGGAAAAUACGACAACGCUUCCAUUAUUCGCCAACUCCAGUUCUAUAAGAACGAGGGCUUGACCCCCUAUUCGGCAGCUAAGCUUCCCAUAGAAAGCGAUGUGCCUGAGGGAUGUGUGAUCAUCAGAGAACAUACUCCGCUCACGAACCUCUUCUCCUGCCUCUGGUUCAACGAGGUCGACCGCUUCACCUCGAGAGAUCAACUCAGUUUCGCCAUCGUAAGGAACAAAAUAAAUGCCAGUGUGGGCUGGCUCCCCUACAUGUUUCCAGACUGCGAAAGGCGGAACUUUGUUAUUCAGAGCUACCACAAAGAUGUCAUGAAACAAAAGAGCUCCCCUACACCACCAGUGUUGACUAUUGAAUUGCCGCGAAACCACUCUCCUCCUCCACCGGUUCCGAUAAAAGACUUGCUUAUAAAAUCGCUGCGAAAGAGAGAUCACGUUAGGAGGCAUAGGAGGGACAGGAAAUCACGCUGAAAAUCUCGAUCUUUUUUCUUUUCUUUUAACACAUUGAAAAUUUUUUAUUCUUUGUGCCUUGCGACGGCAAUACCUGUCAUUUCAAAGAAAUGGCGCAAGCAUUAGUAGUCUCUCCUCAUUUUUUUUUUUUGGUUUGAAGAGUGCUGUAGGUAUAACAAAUUUGUAUAGGAAUUGAGUUACUUCGUUUGAUUUUUUGCAAUUAGUUAAUUAAGUUCUUUAUAUUUUGUACCCUCUUCUAAGUUCUGAUGGGUUGGCUAGUGCUUCUCUA